AAAAACGUAAUGCAAUAUAUUUCUUGGUUUACAUAUAAAUGUUAUUUUAAUAUUUUUUAAUGAAACCAUUUCUAGAUAUCUAUAUCUUGUGUGUUUUAGAUCUUAGUAUUGAAAGCAGUGGAGAUAGUGAUAUUUCAAAAGAGUCUUUUGUUUCCUUUGAAGUAAAGAAAAAGCGAUCGUCGUGUCGUGAUGAAGAAUCUAACGAUUCCUUGUCCUCAUCUCCGAAAAUAAAGAAAAUAUUGAUCUCUAAAUGUAAACCAGUGAAACUAAACCAAAUGAUAAAUAACUCCAGUAUAUCACAUGAAAACUCUAUGAAAAGUAUAAACGAAGAUAAAAUGAAUAAAAAAGAUGUGAUACUAAAUCCAAAUUAUAAGUAUUGUCCUACAUGUGGCUGUGCAGAAAAUGACAUUAUGGAAGCUUUAUGUUUAAACCACACCAGUGUCGAAAUGGAAUUUAUUAUAAUAUAAUAAUACAAAAAAAAA